AGAAGAGCUUCGGAGAGCGCUCACGGGAUGGCGCAGGAGGUCAAACGGAAACAGCAUGGCGACUCCAGAUCGCCCUUUUGCUUCAGUAUCGAUACUCUGUAGCGUAUUUAGUGACUCUACAAAGCGUGGCUCUACGUACAAAGUGGUUGUUUCAAGUGGAAAUCCUUUCAUAAACCACUAUCUCGAAAAUAUCGCUUACGGCUCCCUGCUGGGCUCCAGACAGCGUGCAGUCCAGGCAGUGGUGUUCCGUGAUGAUGUUGGCCGACCGUGUCGGAAGUGAGGUGAAACAGUAUCUCGAAAGACAGUUGCUGAUGAUGGGUCUUCCAGAAAAAUGUGCAGUAAAGAGAGGAGAGUGCAAUAAAAAAAGUUUCCUGACAAGAUACUACUUCAACGAGACAAAGAAGCGGUGUUUCUCUUUCUUCACUUGUCUUGGCGAAGGAGACAAGUUUUACCCAGUUAUGAUGGAGUGUGUCAGAGACUGCGCACCAAGACAAAAACCAGCAAAGUGCUACAAAGAAAAGGCAACAAGAUGCAGAGGAGAUAUGCCCGGCGAGAGAGCCUGGACGUACGAUCUUACAGAGAAGAGAUGUGAAAAAGUUGAAAAUGCUUGCGACGGUACCAAGAACAAGUUUGUAUCACAGGAGCAAUGUGUAGCAGAAUGCUUGUCCAUGACUUGAGCCGGAAUGGAGAAAAACGGCCCCGAAGAAGCGACAUCGGUGACGUCA